UCUCAUCUUCCUAAACGAGCCCGCCAGAUUUUUUCUUUGAGACUCUUGUGAUUCAGCUCUCAAACCUAAAUUCUCUCAGCUGAUUCAGCGAAGAUGAGUACUAUGAAAUUUUGCCGCGAAUGUAAUAACAUUCUGUAUCCUAAGGAGGACAAGGAGCAGAAGAUUCUCCUCUACGCUUGCCGUAAUUGCGAUCACCAGGAAGUAGCUGAUAACAGCUGUGUGUACAGAAACGAGGUUCAUCACUCUGUAAGUGAACGAACUCAGAUCCUAACGGAUGUGGCUUCUGACCCUACUCUUCCCCGAACCAAGGCUGUGCGUUGUGCCAAGUGUCAGCAUAGGGAGGCUGUCUUCUUCCAGGCUACGGCUCGAGGUGAAGAAGGAAUGACAUUGUUCUUUGUCUGCUGCAACCCGAAUUGUGGUCAUCGCUGGAGAGAAUAGAUAGAUUUUCUAGUUUCAAUCAUCACCUAUGUUUUGAUGAGUUCUCAGCACAAUGAUGUUGAUGUAGUUAUCAGUAAGUGUUAAGAUGUGGAAUGAUGUGAACAACCUUCUGCCCCAGUCAGAGACAAAUCCGUAUUAGGAGCUAUUUAGUCA